AUGGCCCUCUUCCAGCGCCCUCCCGAUGAAAAGGGAUCGGUCUGGUUCUCUGUCCUGAUCGGCGUCUUCGUGGCCUUCACUGGUCUUCUUUUUGGCUAUGACACCGGCACCAUCAACGGCGUCAUUGCCAUGAAAUACUGGCAGCAAAAUUUCUCCACUGGCUAUACAGAUGUCAAGGGGGAAUUGACCAUUAGCCCCUCGCAACAAUCCCUUAUUGUCUCUAUCCUUUCGGCUGGUACCUUUGUCGGUGCUUUGGCUUCUCCCUUGCUGGCGGAUAAGAUAGGUCGGCGAUGGAGUCUCAUCAUAUCCUCUUGGGUCUUCAACUUGGGCGUCUUGAUGCAAGUGAUUUCUGUCGCCAUCCCUCUCUUUGUGGCUGGCAGAUUCUUUGCCGGGCUUGGAGUUGGCUUGCUUUCGGCUCUUGUCCCGCUCUAUCAAUCCGAGACCGCUCCCAAAUGGAUCCGUGGAUUGAUCGUGGGCGCAUAUCAACUUGCAAUCACCAUCGGCAUCCUCCUCGCCGCCAUCGUCAACAACGGUACUCAUAAGAGGGACGACACCGGUUCCUACAGAAUCCCCAUUGCUCUCCAGUGGCUCUUCUCGGUCAUUCUCAUCAUUGGAAUGCACUUCCUUCCUGAGACUCCCAGGUACUGCAUCAAGCGUGGGGAUAUGACCGGUGCCACCCGAUCUUUGGCUAAAAUUCGCCGGCUGCUGCCCAAUAAUUCCGCCAUCAUUGAGGAGAUAGAAGAAAUUCGUGCGAACUACCUAUACGAAAUGUCACUCGGCAACAGCAGCUACCUAGGCUGCUUCCGAAAGGGUAUGCUGAAGAGGAUGCUCACAGGCAUGGUACUUCAAAUCCUGCAGCAACUUACCGGGGUCAACUUUAUUUUCUACUACGGUACUCAAUUCUUCGAGAACUCCGGCAUAAAAAAUCCUUUCAUAAUCAGUGUGACCCUAGCCACAGUAAACUUUCUCUCGACUAUUCCCGCUGUCCUCGUUUUCGACAAGUAUGGUCGCCGCCCGUUGCUCUUGUGGGGUGGUGUAGCCAUGUGCAUAUGCCACUUUAUGGUCGCUACGCUCGGCACAACGACAACGGGCCAGACUGCCUCCGGGGUCAUCACCGUGCUCAACUCUGGUGGUCAAAAAGCUUCAAUCGCUUUUGUGUGCAUGUUCAUCGCCUCCUUCGCAGCAACGUGGGGCCCCUUGGCGUGGGUGGUAACUUCGGAGUUGUACCCGUUGAAGCACCGGUCGCAGAUGUUGAGCAUCAGCACAGCUACAAACUGGUUGUUCAACUGGGCCAUCGCUUACUCGACUCCUUACCUCGUCAACUAUGGUCCAGGGAACGCAAACCUUCAGUCCAAGAUCUUCUUCAUCUGGGGUACAGCCUGCCUGCUCUGCGUCGCCUUCGUCUACUUUUACAUCUUUGAGACGAAGGGUCUGUCUCUAGAGGAGGUCGACGAAAUGUACCAGACGCCAGGUCUCAAGGCCAAAAACAGCAGCAAAUGGCGGCCGAGUAUCCAUUUCCGAGAAACCCCGCUCACGGAGGUCACAUAUAACAAGACUACUGCUGGAAGUCCUGCUGAGCCCGAGACUGCUCCAGUAGCCAAGACCACUGAGAGAACUGAGGGCGAGGCUGUUGCCCGUACCACAGCUCCCAUGGCUGGUUCUCCUCCUCAGACUGAUAGUGUUCCGAAGACUCUACAAACCGCUAUCCUUCAACGUCCUGAUGACGCUGUUGCCCACCAUCACUCUCCUCUUCCCAGGCCAACUUCUCUGUCAAAACUUCCAUCGCCCGCACUUCAUUCCCUCAAGUCUGUUCCGUCCCUCCCCACGUACACCGACGAGGGAACUACAUCUUCCAGAGGGCCGAGAAGCAUCGGUCCAUGAAUGUCAGCAGAUCCAAAAUCACUUCCCGCGCCUUCCCCGAUUUCACGUUCAAGUCAUGAGUGGGCACAGGACGUACCGGAUAGUGUCAAUGCCGUCGUGUCAAGGCACUGAGACGAUUAGCGGGAAUACCUGGAUAUCAAACUUCGCUGGUCAGGGCAGGCUUGAAGCGACAGUCUGUCUGAUCAUUCGUGUCCGGGAAAGCCGUUUCGAGGACUGAAAUGGUGACAGAUGGGGCGAGAAUGUCGAGUCAUUGAUCAAGAACUGGCAAUGGCUUCGACAUAUCAUGUGAGGAGCUGUUGCCGGUUAUGAAAUGUCGCUGUUAUACGUGGAUUUCACGAAAAUUGGCGGAGGUAGAGAGGAGAGUAUGAUAUUGUAUCUCCCGGAAAAAAGAGA